AUGCUGCCUAUUACACUAAAGGAUGGGUACAGGAUGAAUAACCAAGUAGAUGAAGAUGCUAUAGGUAUCAAUCUUGGUCUCUCACUGCCCACUCACAUUUCGCCAGCGACUGGCUCCGAGAGCGCCAGUGGCAGCAACGCCAGUACACUUCGCAAUGAUGGAAAUGGGCUUGAUGGCAAUCUCUUGACGACUCCAGCAGCGAUUUCAGCAUCCACAGGUACCAGUCAACAAACUGAAACCAUUGGCGAAAAGCUUAGCAAUGAAGAGCGGGUGAACUCGAAUGUCUCUGCUUCAAACUCGACAACUGCGGGUACAGGGCGUAUGUUAAGCCAAUCUUUGACCAAUGAAUCACCCUCAAACGAAAUAUCAACGGAUCAGUUGAAGAUUUUUCAAAGAAUGGACGAAAUGAGUGCAAGAAUGAUCGAAAUGGAGGAAAGCUUUAACAAUCUAUCUAAUAAGAUCGCGGAACAAAACUCGAUGGUUCUAAACUUGAAACAAGAUAAUUAUAAGGUUUUGAACAAGUUGAAUAUAUUGCUAAAACUAGUUGCCCAGCCAAGCGCGCGUCCAAGCACAAUCAAUGCUCAAAAUAAGUUCGCUAUCGAAUUACUAAAUUCCAUAUCAGCCGUUAGCAGCGCUUACCUGCAGAAAAUGCAAAACAAUGGCUCUGGUAAACAGCACAGUACUGAGCCAUGUAUAGGACUCUCCAACGCUCAUUCUGGUACCAGCCAAAAUCAGGCCACGAGUGAAACCAUUGAUGUAAAUACGAAUACUGCACAGCUAAACAGCCAAUUUUCUAAUGCAUUAAGUACCAUCUUGCCUGAUCAGCAGCAUAAUCGAAAUAGUGUUUCUCAAAAUAUGAACCUUUCUCUACCUAAUAGAGGAGUUGGUCCCGUUCUGCACUCACAAGCCAAUCAGAACCAGUCGCAGAUUUUAAUUCAGAACGCAAGUACGCAUCAACGGGUAAAUCGCUCUCCCGUUGCUUUCCCCAAUUCUUCAACUGACAAGCCAUUCAAGCUGAAUCCAAACGGGAUUAAACGGCGCAGGAGAAAUACGCAAGGUAACAAUAAUACGAGCACCAACGAUCUUACCAAUGCUAAACAUAAGCCUAUACCAGCCCUAUCUCCAUUGAUUAAUUCUCACAAUUCUACUACCAGCAUGAAUUAUACCAAUUCCUCCAUUCAUUCAGGUGCCACUAGUGCUUCAAAUUCGUUCCAUGAUUUGAAUUCAUUGAAUAAUUUUGCCACUACAACAGCUUUGAGUUUGCCCAGCUUAUCUUUAGAUAACGCUUCUUUUCCCUCAAAUCCAAAUGUCAUACAUCCUAUUAACAAUAAUACCCAGCAGCCUUUAUCAUUUUCCCAGUUAAUUAAUCAGGAUAGCGCAGCAUCUGAGUUGCUACCAAGCAGUAACUCAGCCGUGAACACGAAUAUUGUAAAUAGAAAUAAGGGUUCUGCUUUACCGUCUUACUCAAAUCCAAUGACAACAAAAAGUAAUGUUGACGAUGACGGUUAUCAAGAGGACGAUGAUGAUGACGGUGAUGACGAAGGUGAUGGAAGAGAUAAUGAAGAAGAUAGCACUGCUGAGGAAGAUGAAGUGGAUGACGAAAUCGAAACUGAUAUGAAAAAUGCCUCAUUCAACAAGCGAAAAAGGAACUUGUAUCAUAAAAAAAGCAACUCCCUCAACAGUAGAAGAAAGUUUCACGAUGAGUCGAUUAUUAGGCUCAACUCCAAUCCCGAUUUACAUUACAGAAUAUUGAAGGCACCCACUGACGUAAAGACAAUAUGGGAAGAAUACGACACGGGUAUAAGAGGAAAGCCAUCGAUCAAGCAUCUUGAAUCCAAGUAUGGUAACAAGUGGAGGCUAAAUAAAAAUAAAAAGACCUUUUCAAGACGGAAAAGACUGUACAAGUUCAUUCUGAACGGUAUGGAGAAAGGCAAAACGGCACAAGAGAUGAUAGAGACCCUAGAGAAUAAAAGGUUAUAUAAAGAUGACGAGGACGGCGAAGUAAAGAAAAGAACCAUUGGCUGGUUGCAAGAGAGUCUUGCUGGAAUAUAG